AUGAAUCCCAAAAAGCGUCCGCUCCCUAGCCCUGAUGCGGACUUGCUUCCUGCCUGCAACCAAUGCCGCUCACGCAAGGUCCGUUGUGAUCGGAUCCAGCCUGAGUGUUCGACCUGCCGCAAAUCCAACGUUCCAUGCGACUUCUCCGCUUCUUUCAAACGGGUUAACCCCGCUAAGCAGCUGCUCCAUGAUUUCUCCGCUGUCCUGGCGCGCCUCGACCAUGUUGAUCGCACCCUCGCGCAACUUUCCGAGAAAGUGGACUCAUUGUCCCCGCAGUCGACAGGGGCAGCUCUAACGACUGCGACCGGCACAGCCGGGUCCGAGCCAGCCAACGACCCUACCGCAGAGGAGAUUGCGACUAAACAGGUGUUGGAACUUGGGGACAUCGGAGAGCGUCUAUAUGGAUAUCCUGCAGCUCUCUGUCUCUUCCGAUCUUCACAGAAGCUGCUCUGGACAGCUCUGGGAGGCUAUCCCCACAUUGCUCCUCUGCGGGGUGCCGUGGCGAUAGCGGCCGACCAACCGUCCUUGCGGCCCUCACUGGUACGACAUUACGAAAACUUCCCUUUUCGUGGGAAAUGUAUGGAGCCACCAAUUGCAAGAGACCAGGGUCCGAUCCUGCUACCGCCCCUGGUCAUGCUAGAAUCGGCCGUCCCGAGUUACCUGGAGAAUAUCAACGCUCAGGUUCCCGUCUUUGACGCCGACUCGCUGUAUGUAGCGAUCCAGACGUGUUACCAGGCCCCAAAUGCGGCCAUGAGUUCCACUUGGGCCAUCUGUUUCAACUGCAUCGUCCUCUUGGUCUGGAAUUUGGAGGCACGAGUUGCUCUCCGAGCCAAGUCGGUUGUUGACCCACGGAAGAACAAGAGGCUGACCGCGUUGCCACUCGCUAACUGUCGCAGAGGGUUAGUGGAUCUACAAAGAUUCUCGCAGCCAUCCCUCAGUAGUCUUCAGGCGUUGAUCCUUUCAACUUUGGUGGCCCGCGAGUUCUUUGUCUCAGCGGUGUUUGAGAAGGCCUGCCAGACUGCCUGCCAAGUGGCACGCUCGGUGGGCCUCAGUCGCUCGAUCGAGACACUGGAUCAUGUGGAAGAUAGCGCGCAGCUGCGCACGCGAGAGCGACUAUUCUGGGCGCUUUAUUCCCUGGAUAAACAGCGGGUAUUCCUAAGCGGACACUCCUCCGAUCUAUAUCUUUUCGACUCCGGCCUCCAGCCCCCCCGUUGCAGUAGCGAGAUGCCUGCCGCUUCCCAGCUCCAAUUUGCCUCGGUGCAAAUGAUGACGAUCUGGGAGGAGAUCUACCUGUGCCUUUACUCCUCGCGGGCCGCACGCUUCGGGGUAGACCAUCGUCGCGAUCAAAUCCGUGCACUGGGCCGUCUCUAUGCAGACUUUUCCCGACAGCAAGAGGAGCUGCUCAGUUCAUCAUUCCUGAUCCGUGCUCCUGACCUGGGCAUGAUGCAACUCGAGCUCAAAUAUCGGUACCACGUAGGACAGAUCUUGAUUUAUCGGUGCGAUCCAUCGGCGGAGAGUCAACAGGAAACCCGGCACCACUCACUUCUGGCACUGAGAAUUAUGAGUGAAGUAUUCCACGCACCGGUGACAGCUAACAGUUGCGCCGUGUUGGGCCGGUAA